AUGGUAAAAAGUCAUAAACGAACAUUAGAAAAAGACGAAGAACAUCAGGAGAAGAAAAAAGCCAAUAAGAUUUCUAAAGAUGAUAUGGAAAUCGAUGCUGAAUUGUUAACCCAACAAGCUUCUGAUUCUGCCCACACUGACACUGCUACUGCUGCAGUGGCUGCUGUUAAUAACGAACAAGGCAAAGAAUUAGAACAAACCGAAUCCAGUACUAAUCAAACAUCUGCAUUGGACAAAGAUGAUAAGGAGACGAAGGAUAAUUUGAACCCUAGAGAGGAAACUCAAUCUUCUCAUCAAGAAAUCGACAUUCCAAAGGAUCAACUUACGAAUCAACAAAACCUUGCUGAUCAACAUCAACAGUAUCAGUACCAUCAACAGCUUGCUCAAACAAACUUCAAAACCGAACCCACUAAUUCAGCCAAACCUCCACACGGAUCAGAGGAAUGGCAUAGACAAAGAAGAGAAAAUCAUAAGGAAGUUGAAAGAAAAAGAAGAGAAUCCAUAAAUACUGGUAUAAGAGAAUUGGCCAGAUUGAUACCAACUACCGAUACCAAUAAAGCCCAGAUUUUACAAAGAGCAGUUGAAUACAUUAAAAGAUUGAAAGAAAAUGAAAACAAUAAUAUUGAAAAAUGGACUUUGGAAAAAUUGUUAACUGAACAAGCUGUUAGUGAAUUGAGUGCUUCAAAUGAGAAAUUGAAACAUGAAUUAGAAUCAGCUUAUCGUGAAAUCGAACAAUUGAAGAGAGGGAAGAAAUAA